AAAGGGUAAACAAGAAGAAGAGGGAAAAGAGGAUCCGUCUCCCGUCCACUGCAGCUUCUGGCCCCUCCUGAGAAUUCAAAAAAAAGACCCCGUCUAAGGACAGAAUCAACGACCAGGACAAUUAAGACUCGCAUCGGUCCUUGCCAGUGAUCAGCGAUUUCAGAUUCCUGAGGAGAAAACUAUUUGGGAACCGGCCACGCCAUUUUCCUUGCCUUCGUCUCUGUCGGGAUGUUUUUUCUGUGGCUCCAACUCCCUUUCCUUUCCCUCUUCCACUUCCUGUUUACGUCAGUCCAGCUGUGCGAAAUCCCUGCAGGAAACCUUGAGCUCAUCCAGGCCCUGAAUUCGGAGCUCCUAAAGGCAGUGGACAAUGGGUCCCAGGAACCGGACCCCAGCCUCUAUUUGGCCCUUCGACUUUCCAACGAGCACAACCUGGAGAAGGAAAGAGAGUAUCUCGACCGACUGACAGGCGUCUAUCAGCCUCAAAGCAGACGCUCCAGGAUCCCUUCGGAGCCCAGCCGACGGAAGAAAUCCGGGACAGGAGAGCUGGCUUUGUAUCUUCUUGGGCUGCGGGCUGCUUGUCAGAACAUGGAUACCCCAGAGAGGAGCCGAUUGGUGACCCAGUUGAAGCUUCUCUUGAAUAAAGAAAUGAAGCAGAUAGGUCACAAGGAGAAAGGCUACCCGGUCACCAACUACUACCAGUACAGCUUGGGGGUCUUGGCAUUGUGUGUUCACAACAAGAGAACCGAUCCUGAGGUGAUCCGGAAGCUGCUGUCGGCUGAACACCACGGUAGAUUCUCUCACCACCAGACAUUCUCCGUAGACACGGAGGCCAUGGCCGGCUUGGCUUUUGUCUGUUUGGAACAAAGUCCCAGAUACCCCGACAGCCUCCAGGUCAGCGUGAGCAAGGCUGUGAAACGAGCAAAAACAAGGAUCCUGGAUGCUCGGACUGAAAACGGGGUUUACGGGAACAUCUACAGCACACCCCUGGCGGUGCAGUUUUUGAGUGCUGUCGGGAUGAGUCAGAGCCAACCGGAGUUCUCCAGCGGCAUGGCGGCCCUGAAGCAGAGCCUGGAAGAGAGCGGCUUCCAAAACAACCUGAUCCGGUCACAGCUGCUGCCUGCCUUGUAUUGCAAGAGUUAUCUGGACGUUGCAAGCAUGACGUGCGAAACUCAGACAGAAAAUUCAGUCCCCGAUCUUUCCCUCCAGAAACCUCAGGGGAUCGACCCGAGACGGAAUAUUUCGAUCCAGCUGGAAGCAAGGAAAGCUGCUCAGUUACUGUACCAGAAUGUUCUGGUGGUGCCUGAUGGGACAACACUUCUGGAUGUGCUGGAAGCUGCAGCCAAAGACAUCCAGCAGCCUUUGAGGUUUGAGACCCAGAAAACCUUCUCCGGCCCCAUGCUGACGGGAGUGAUGGGGGAGAAGCCUGAAGAAGGCCAGCGCGAGUACUGGAGGAUUCUGCGGCAUCCUAACCUCAGUUUGGACCAAGGUAUCGCCGAAUACACCCCACGAGAUCAAGACCAUAUUAUUUUGAAGAUGACCUCUUGGUAGAGACAGAUCUCAGCCCUGGUGGGCCCGGCUGUCUCUUCGCAAACGAUGGGACUUGUCCUCGGAGAUUUCUAGAAUGUUCUUUUCUUCCCCUCUUAGAGCUUGUGGACUAGGAACUUGGCUUAUUUAAAAAAAUGCCUCUUUUUAUUUCAGUCCGAAGUCCAGUGAUGUUAAAAAAAAGGAAAGCACAAAUGCAACGGCAUUAAAUUGUUAAAAUUGAAAAUACAGAGAAGGAGAAUUGGAUCGAAA